AUGAUUAGAAAUGAUAAAAUUGAAUUAAUUAAUUUAUUAAUUCGACCAGUUAUAUCUACUGAUAUAUAUUAUAUUAAAUUAUUAUUAUCUGAUUGUUCAAUAUUUCAACGUGGAUCUAUUGAUUAUUCAAUGUAUUUUUUUUCAUUUCGACCAAAUAUAUUUUAUAUAAUUACAUCUAAACAAGAUAUAUUAGGACAUGCAUCUAUUAAACAAUGGAAUAUAAAUAAUCAUAAUAUAAUAUCUGUAUUUAUGCUUGGUCUUGUUUAUGUACGUUAUGAUUAUAGAAAAUUUGGUUUUGGAGAAUUAUUAACUAAUUAUGUAUUUAAUAUUAAAUCUGAAGAAAUAAAUGAUAUUCAUGCUAAUAUUUUAACAGAACAUUUACCAUUUUAUAUUCGUUAUGGUUUUCAAAUAUCAUUUUCUUUAAUUGGUUUUGUUGGAAAACUUAGUGAAUUUUAUAAUAGAAAACUAAUUGUUGAUGAAGAUAUAAAUAUUGAAUUAUAUGAAUUAUCAGAUAUACUUGAUAUAGCAACAUAUGAUCAUAAAAUAUAUCCAACAUAUCGUAUUGAAUAUUUUGAACAAUUACGUGAACAUAUUUAUUCAAUAGCUGGUUAUGUUGCACGUUCAAAAAAAACAAAUUCAAUUUUAGGUUAUGUUAUUUUAAAUUUUAGUCAACAAUUUAUUAAAUGUGGACCAUUAUAUGCUGAUAAUAUAAAUAUAGCAUUAUUAUUAUUAAAACAAUGUGCUUCUGAUUAUGAUGGAUUUAUGUUAAUAUCAUUACCUUAUUUUAAUAAACAAGCUAUUCAAAUAUUUAAAUCAAAACAUUUUAAACAAACAGAUAUUAUUCAUAGAGUUUAUAAAGGAAAUCAAAUUUUUUUAAAUCAAUUUAUUUUUCAACAAGUAUUUGCUAUUACUGAUGAUUGGUUUUCAUUAAUUUAA